AUUUUUUUUUUUUUUUCGUAACAAAAUGUAAAUAAUUUUACGUCACCAUCUUAUUAUAUAAGAUACAUCCAUGGCUAAGAUUCAUUGUAAACGAAGAACGAUUACUGAAGAAUACACAAUGAAUCGCGUUAUUUUAGCUGUUUUUGUAUUAGCGACGCUGGCGGUAGUGUCGAGUGCGCCGAAAACUUUGGAAGAAAAUAUAAAGCUUUUGAAAGCUAUCGACAUAAACACGGUGUUGAACAAUCAUAGAAUUAUUGAAAGUUAUGUUUAUUGCGUAAUCGGCAGAAGACCUUGUACAAAGGAAGGAAAAGCUCUGAAAGAUAGUUGGAAAGACGGUAUAGACAAGGGAUGUGACGAUUGUUCUGAAGAAGAAAAAAGGAAAGUAAAGAAAAUCGUCAAACACAUGUACAAAAACGAACCUGAAUUGUACAAAUUGUUAUCCGAAUCUUUGGACAAAGACGGCAAAUACAAAGAAAAAUAUGACAAAUAUAUUAAAGAAAUCGUCGACGACGAUACUCUAUAAAUUAAUACCAGUAAUUAUGAUAUAGUUUGUUUGUUAAUGAUGGAAUCUGUAAUCAAAGAGUUGUUGAUAGUAAAUUAAUGUUAAACUAAUU